CGGAAGGGGAGGCUGGAGAGGAGCGAGUGGGGGAAACCCGCGUAGCGGAGGGAGCUGCAGCGCGGGGAGAUGUGCCUUUAUCUAUUGUGGGAACAACAUGCCACUGAGAAGAGAGGAGGCUUCAUAAGAUCGUCGUCCCGGCUCGGGGUGGCCUGUGGAGCCCCCCACCGCCAUUCAGGUCCUGAGAUGUGGUGAACCCCCGCCUGUCUGCCACCAUUCCCCAGAAUGGACCGAGGGGGCCUCCUUCCCUUCCAGCUGUGGUGUCCCCGGCCCUUUGGCACCUACUCCCAGAACCAGCCGCGCCCGCCUUCCGCAGCCCUCAAGCCGUCAGCCUGCCCUGAGCCAGGCGGGGGGCCGGAGCCAGACCAUGGCCCUGCCCACUCAGAAAACACGCCCCCCGCCUUGGCCACGGAGGCUUCUGCCUCCCAGCCUGCCGCGCUCCUUUCAGCAGCCGCUGCCGGCGACGAGGGUCGAGUCCUGCUGGACACGUGGUAUGUUAUCAAGCCCGGGAAUACAAAGGAGAAGGUGGCCUUCUUUGUGGCCCACCAGUGCGGUGGAGGGAGCCGGGCCAGCUCCAUGAAGGUCAAGGGGCACUGGGGCAGUGACAGCUCCAAGGCCAAGCGGAGGAGGCGCUGUCUUGAGCCUACGAAGGCUCCUCCGGACCCAGGGGGACAACACGGGUCCCCUGCUGCUGAGGGGGCCCCAGCCUCAGCCAGUGAGGAUGUGGACCUGCUCUCUGUGGCCGAGAUGGUGGCCCUGGUGGAGCAGCGGGCCGCCCUGGCCCUGCAGAGCUACCCGCGCCCGGGCACCCCAGCGCCUGUGGUCUACGUGUCGGCCGAGCAGGGUGGGCCUGCCAAGGGGCUGGGGUCCGAACGGCGGUCUGGUGGCGGGGACUGCAGCCGUGUGGCGGAGGCCGUGGCCCACUUCGAGGCUCAGCGGGACAACCCUCCAGCUAAAGGCCUCCGCAAGGAGGAGCGGCCCGGGCCAGGCCCCGGGGAGGUGCGCAUCGCCUUCCGGAUCUCCAACGGCCGAGAGCCCCGUGCACCGGAUGGCAGCUUGCCCAAUGGGAGUGGGGGCCGGCCGGGUUGUGCCUACCCUGGCAGCCCGGGUCCUGGGGCCCGGGCCAAGGACAAGAUCACCUGCGACCUCUACCAGCUCAUCAGCCCCUCUCGGGAUGCCCUCCCCAGCAAUGUGGAGUUUCUGCUGGCUCGGGCGGAUGAAGCCAGCGAGGGUGAGACCCCAGCCCCUGCCAGGCCCGAGGACACUCCCCCGGCCCCCCCUCCACCCCCUGCCCGGGACUGUGGCACGUCAGGCUUCCAUGUGGAUGUGGUGGUGACGGGGGUGGUGGAUGAGUGUAUCUUCUUCGGCAAGGAUGGCACCAAAAACGUGAAGGAGGAGACGGUGUGCCUGACCGUCAGCCCCGAGGAGCCACCCCCGCCUGGCCAGCUCUUCUUCCUCCAGCCCCGGGGACCGGAUGGGCCCCCCGAGCCACCGCCAGCCGACUCGCCCGCCACUGCACCUGGCCCGGACGAUGCUGAGGGCACGGUGGACACCUCCCUGUGCCGCCUGUACCGGCACGUGUCGCACGACUUCCUGGAAAUCCGCUUCAAGAUCCAGCGGUUGCUGGAGCCGCGACAGUACAUGCUGCUGCUGCCUGAGCACGUGCUGGUCAAGAUCUUCAGCUUCCUGCCCACGCGGGCCCUGGCGGCCCUCAAGUGCACCUGCCACCACUUCAAGGGCAUCAUUGAGGCGUUCGGCGUGCGGGCCACAGACUCGCGCUGGAGCCGCGACCCGCUCUACCGCGAUGACCCUUGCAAGCAGUGCCGCAAGAGAUACGAGAAGGGCGAUGUGUCGCUCUGCCGCUGGCACCCCAAGCCCUACCACCACGACCUGCCUUACGGACGUUCCUACUGGAUGUGCUGCCGCCGAGCCGAUCGCGAGACACCCGGCUGCCGCCUGGGUCUGCACGAUAACAACUGGGUGUUGCCCUGCAAUGGGCCAGGCGGUGGGGGCGGCCGGGCUGGCCGGGAGGAGGGGAGGUGAAGCCGGGGGAGGGGGGGGGAAGAGCCCACCGUGCACACCCCCACCCCCUCCCCCUGGGAGCCGGGGUCAGGACUGGGCCACCAGCCCAU